GACAUACGUAACUCUGGUUUCGGUGGGCAAGGAACGGCUUUAAUAUUGGAUUUCUAUUUAUUUAUUAAUUUAGUUACUUGAUUUUUUUUUUUCGCUUUGUGUGUGUGUAGGUCGCCAAAUUUGCACAACAAAGCACGCGCGUCAUAAAUAUGAAUCAAGCCUAGUUCUAGAAGAGAGGAGGAGGCGUUACUUGUGCUCAGAUUCAGCAUCAGCUCGAGACACGGGAUUAGAGAGACGGGCAUUAGGGAUUAGAGUCUGUGCUUGUGAAUCGUAUUUAUUUAUUUAUUAGUUUAUUUGUUGUUAUUUAUUUUCCUUUUUCCUGCUAUGGCGGUGAGAGGGCCGCUCUCGCGCUUGUUCCGGUCGGCGCUGAGCGCGUGCUGUACGCAGACGCAGAGCCGCGCGCAUCUCUCGGUCGCGAUUGUCGGAGCUCCGUUCUCUAAAGGCCAGAAACGGAGAGGGGUGGAGGUCGGACCCAAAGCCAUCAGAGACGCGGGGCUGGUGGAGAGACUGAGGAGCCUGGAAAAUGCUGUGCAUGAUUUCGGAGACCUCAGUUUCGAGCACCUGGAGGAGGACGACCGAUUUAUGAACGUUCCCUUCCCACGCACCGUUGGACGAGCCAAUGAGCUUUUGUCAGAGGCCAUUAGCGGAGCCGUGGGUGCGGGGCAUACGGCUGUCAUGCUAGGAGGAGAUCACAGCUUGGCCAUUGGCUCGGUUGCGGGACACGCCCAGCAGCGUCCAGAUCUUUGUCUGAUUUGGGUCGAUGCCCACGCGGACAUCAACACCCCCAUGACUUCACCAUCUGGAAAUCUCCACGGCCAGCCGGUCGCGUUCAUGCUCAGAGAGCUGCAGGACAAGAUGCCAGCGGUUCCUGGCUUCUCCUGGGUGAAACCGUUUCUCUCAGCUAAAGAUCUGGUUUACAUCGGCCUGAGAGACGUGGACCCGGGCGAGCAUGUUAUUCUGAAGAACCUGGGCAUCCAGUGCUUCAGCAUGCGGGAUAUCGACAGGAUGGGGAUGCAAAGGGUCAUGGAGGUGACGCUGGAUCAUCUGCUGGGAAGGAAGCAGCGGCCCAUCCACCUGAGCUUCGAUAUCGACGCGUUCGACCCCAGUCUCGCCCCGGCUACAGGGACUCCGGUGAACGGAGGACUGACCUACAGAGAGGGGAUUUACAUCACAGAGGAGAUCCAUAACACAGGUUUGUUGUCUGUGAUGGACCUGGUGGAGGUGAAUCCGGCGCUGGGUGCGAGCUCUGAGGCGGUGGAAGCGACCGCCGCUCUCGCCGUGGACGUCAUCGCUUCGUCUCUGGGUCAGACGCGUGAGCUGCAGGACACCGAACAGCUCGGCCUGUAGAGCCACGCUUACUCAGACCUGGACUCGGACACGAGAGUGAAAUGCAAACCUGCUUGGCAUUCCAAUGUUUAAACACAGACCCGUAGAGAGAGAGAAAAGAAAAAAAACACUGCACAUGAGAGAAACUGAGAGUCUGAAAGUUUCAACUGCCUGGAGUGAUGAGAGAAGAGAAGAAAGCGGGAGAGUCCCCCCUUUACACAUAAACCGCACAUAUACGUAUAGCAUAUAGGAACAUGACUGAUGCCAACUAGGACUGAAGGCAUGUCACCACUAUAUACUACUACUUUGUUGAAAUUGACUGUUUUCUGAUUUUAUGCAAAAGUAUGCAUUUUUAAUGAUCUGCCUGUUGGUGGAGUUGUGAAUCUUUUAAUUAUUUAAAAAAAGGGUCAUUAUGAAUUUUCCCUCCGUUCUUCCACAUGACCCAAGGUGUGUUACUGUCUCAGCUUAGAAUGGUUUUAAUGUUUGUUUUUACUUGGGUGUUUUUUUUCCUUUUAGCAUAACAGAAUAAAUAAAAUUUCCUAGUUUGUCAUA